AUGUCUUCACAAGCUAUUCCAAACGUCCUGGUUCUCUCGCUCGACCACUCUACCGAAAAACUGCAGCCCAAGCGUUUAAGAGUCCCAAGAGCUUGCGAUGUGUGUCGCCAAAGAAAGGUAAGAUGUGAUGGACGACGCCCCUGUAUACACUGCACCGUGUAUUCUCAUAACUGUACGUACAGCCCCAUUUCACGAGCAAUCAGAAAGUCCCGGACACUUUCAAAUGCCCGAGAAUCCAGUAUGAGUAACGAGAUUCCCUUCAAGAAGAAAAGUGCACUUUCCAAGAGUCAAACGUCAAACUCAACCGAUUUAAAAAGCUAUAAGCGGAUCUUCAAUGCCUUAUUUCCAAAUUUAGAAGAUCCGAUAGAUGAGGCUUCCACCGAUAGGCUGAUUGAACUCAUAGAGCGUAGUAAUUUCCAGGGUCUAUUGGAUGUCAAAUCCAUAGAAUCCAAGUUUCUCGAACUACCCCAAUUCGACGGCCAAUCAAGAACUGACAGUCACCUCAAUAAUGACGGUCCGGCUAUAUACCCGAUUGAGAUGAAAAUUGUGCUUCCUCCGCUUGACAUGGCCAAAAAUUUGGUCUACAAAAGCUGGCGAUGUGCGUUCGUCCUUUUCCGUUUCAAUCACCGGCCCACUCUUAUAAAAGUGCUUGAAAGUCUGUACACCACUGCUCCAGAAGACUACAGCAACGAACAGAAUAAUGCGCUGCCGCUCAUAUACUCGAUUUUGGCUGUAGGUGCUCUCUUCACCAAAGAUGACUUCAGUCAAGACAAAGCUAUUCAAGAUUUUUUUCACCAGGAAGGUUACAAGUAUUUCACUGCGGCGAGCAAAAUGAUAGAUAUCACUAACGUGUCAGACGUGUGCGCUAUUCAGACCAUUUUCAUGAUGACUAUCUUUUUGCAGUGCUCUGCCAAAUUGACGACAUGUUACUCGCUGAUCGGAAUUGCUUUGAGAGCUGCUUUACGAAUUGGUCUACAUAAAAAAUCCAGUCUUUGGAACUGCUCUCUUAUUGAGGCGGAGGUUCGGAAGCGACUUUUUUGGACGAUUUACAAGAUGGACGUUUAUGUUAACGUAAUCAUGGGUCUUCCCGUCACCAUUGCAGAUAGCGAUAUUGACCAAGAACUACCUGAAAACUACCACGAUGACGAUAUGACUGAUGAGGGUAUCGAGAUCAAUUCUUGGAGCUACCAAAUCAGCAGUUGCGCCCUGAGCAAUGAGCAUACAAAGCUUACCAGGAUCACCAAACGAAUUUAUGACGAGACGCGAUCCCACAAGAAAAACGAGACAUCGAGGUCACUGCCUACAAAUGAGGUUGUUGGUGCUCUGGAACAUGAAUUAGUACAAUGGCGACAGGCCCUUCCCCCGCAGCUAGUGCCAGGAUAUGAAUUUGUUGAUCUCGAAGAGACCAAAUCAUACAGGCUAGCCAAUUAUUUUCUGAACUUUGAUUACCUCCAUGCCACUAUUAUGCUUUACAGACCCUUUAUUGACACUUUAUUUAUGAACCCAGACCAACUAGCAUCUAGAAAAACGGAGUUGGAGCUGGGAAUCAAGUGCUUGAAAACCGCACAACAAAUAGUGGCAUCAGCGGGCAAAAUGUGUGGCCAAAAGAUUCUUUGCGGAAGCUACUGGUUUUCCGUUCACACUAUUUUCUUGGGAGUGACGAAUUUGAUGUACAUUGUCCAUCAGGCACAGCUGAAGGAACAAAGCGUUUUUAAUAAUUCCAGUCUGAAAGAGGUGCAAAAAGACUUGAAAAAGGGCAUAGACCUUUUGCAAGAACUGAGAAGCUGUUCAGUAACGAGCGAACGAACAUUUAAUGUACUAAGCAAGCUGUUUGAAAAGUUCACCAACCGGUCUCUCGAAGGCUCUGUUGAGGAAUUCAACAAUUUGAAUCUUGGAGAAAUGUCAGGCUUUGCAAACGCUUCCACUUUUAACCACCAUGACUUACAGGCUUACAUUACACCAACAACUCCUCGAUACCAUGAUACAAAUGGUGCCGUGCCAACGAAGCUUGGUGAUUCGACCAUUUUCGAAAAUGAAACACCAUUGCAAUCAGGCAGCGACGCAUUUGAUCCUACGUUGGUCAAUAGCUACAAGCAAACGCGUCUCGCUUCCUUUUUCGAGGAUUCCUACCUCACGGGAAUGCCCGAGGAGUGGAACUCUUUAUUCGAAGCUGAACUAUGA